UGUAGAGAAAAUUAUCUUAAUCCAUAGUUAUUGUAGGUUAUGCAUUACUUAUAGCAUAUAGGCUACGCAACCUAUCAUGAAAUUCUACAAUAGUAUAGACAUUAAAAGCUGGGAUAUGCACUGGAUGAUUUUCUGUUUCUUUUACUCUCCAUUUCACCCAAUAAGCAUCCGAAAUCAGGCAAGUACGCCACUGUGCCUUGAUGUGGGCUACGCUUAACAAAUUAGACUCCCCUGAAUGGCUUUGCACUCCCCUGCGUUGCCAAAUUCUGAGUGACUUUGAGCACACGCAGUGUACAGCAGUCGGGGGAUACGACUCCAUCCAUCACAGGCUAGCGUAGUCGUCAGCUCUUUCACCAUCUGCCUAUCUUGCGCAUAACACUAACGUUUGGCGUAGUGUUUUUCGAGGUUGCAAUCAUUUUGUGCAAACAGUUCACGAAAUUCGAGAACUCGCAUCUCACUCACGUUACAGUCGAUGCCAACCGUGCAUCUCUCACCAGCAGCCAGUCCCCGCUGCUCUCCCGUGGCAGGUGUCCCGAGGCUAACGUGCAAGGAUGUUAGUUCUGUUCAGUGUGUGAGCUUUGGACGUCCAACUCGAAAGUAUCUGCAUUAAACGGUAGAUUGGACGUGGAACACCAGAGGAGUGUCUUGCUGGCUAUGUCUCAGGCUCUGGGACCGAGUACUCCAUGGUGAACUGAGGGACUACGGGCACAUACAGUCAUGGGGCUCGGGCAGUCCAGCAAGGCGCCCACGGCAGAGGACACUGAGGAGGUCAACUUUGAUCACUUCCAGAUCCUUAGAGCCAUUGGGAAAGGAAGCUUUGGAAAGGUCUGCAUAGUGCAGAAGAAGGACACGAAGAAAAUGUACGCCAUGAAGUACAUGAACAAACUCCAGUGUGUGGAGAGGAACGAGGUGCGUAAUGUCUUCAAAGAGCUGCAGAUCAUGCAAAACCUGGAGCACCCUUUCCUGGUCAACUUCUGGUACUCGUUCCAGGACGAGGAGGACAUGUUUAUGGUGGUGGACCUGCUGCUGGGGGGCGACCUGCGCUACCACCUCCAGCAGAACGUGCACUUCUCCGAGGCCACCGUCAAGCUGUACGUCUGCGAGAUCGCCCUGGCGCUCCACUACCUGCGCAACAAGCGCAUCAUCCACAGAGACAUCAAACCAGACAACAUCCUACUGGACGAACACGGUCAUGUCCAUCUGACAGACUUUAAUAUAGCCGCGGUGGUGAAGGAAGACCUAAAAGCCUGCUCCAUUGCCGGAACAAAGCCAUACAUGGCCCCUGAGCUCUUUCAGCCUGUCGAGGGGACUCAUCCAGGAUACUCCUUCUCAGUGGACUGGUGGUCGCUGGGCAUCACAGCCUAUGAGCUUCUCAGAGGACAGAGACCCUACGUGAUGCGCUCCAGUACGCCGGCCAAUGAGAUCAUGCAGACCUUCCACAAGGUCCACCCCAGCUACCCCGCAGCGUGGUCCACAGAGAUGAAGUCUGUGCUCAGACAGCUAAUGUGUAUCGACGCGGCCAAACGGAUCUCCAGCCUCCCCGAGCUCCAGGAAAUGGACUACCUCUCCGACGUCAACUGGGAUGCCGUCCUCAGCAAACAGAUAUCCCCAGGAUUCAUCCCCAAUAGGCGGCGUCUGAACUGUGACCCCACCUUUGAGCUGGAGGAGAUGAUCCUGGAGUCCAAGCCACUGCACAAGAAGAAGAAGAGGCUGGCCAGGAAGACCAGGGACAACGGCUCCGAUGGAUCCCCACAGAACGGGCAGCUCCAGCAGCGGCUGGAUAACGUGGAGAGAGAUUUCAUCAUCUUCAACAGGGAGAAGCUGAAGAGAGCCAAGACGGACACUGAGGAGAGCGAGCUGCACAUGAAGGAGAAGGCGGCCAUCGAGGAUGGACAGAACAACAACGUCGACCCCCCUGCGGCGUGCGUGUCUGGAUAGUCUCCAGACCAGCAGGGGGAGCUGUUUUCUCUCGGGCUGGGCCACACCCUGUAGUUUGGCACAUCUUUCCUCCUCCUCCCUAACCCCGUUGAGCACUCAACACACACACACACACACUUUUCUUUUCAUAUGGAGCGUCCCCACUAGAGACUCCACACACACACACACACACACAUAUGUCGUGAGGAGUGAAGAGACACUGAUGUUGUGCGAGACCCUGGACUAGGGCACAUCGAGCCUUUUACGUCCAACCUCUCUUUCCUCCUCUUCUUCUUCUGGAUCAAGGGGCUGAGCCAGCUAGGACUAGUGUAGCGGUAGCCAGCGGGUACAGUGCUGUUCAUUGAGGAAAUUUCACCUCCUGACACCUUAAGAGCCAUGCUAGCGACAGACGCUAGCGACAGACGCUAGCACCCAUGGGUUUUAGCCCGAGAUUGCAAGUUCGAGUCCGGCGCGGGACUGUCCUUGUCCACACAACAACACAGGUUACAUUAGCAUGCCAACGCCUCUCUCCUUGCCUAUUUUUGCGUUCUGGAAAUCAGCCUUCCCAGCAGCCUGACAACCAUGGUUAAUCCAGCCUGUGCAUAAACACACACACACAGAGACACACACACAGACACACACAGACACACACAGACACACACACAUCUGGCGCAGUAAUCAUUUGAUGGGAAGAUGAAAAGAGUUAAACCCUUGAGGAAGCGCCUGUGCAGCCAUGGUGGUCUGUAAAUACUGUGAACAUUGUCUCCUGACAUUCUCCCGCGGCCCCCCAGAAGACAGUCUACACCGGUGGCUGGGGACGAGAUGAAGUGGACAUGUGAGUGGUGUGUGUUCCAGAAAAGGAACACGUGAAUUAAUUCAUGAAGUAAUGGGCCUUAAUGUGCCUCAAACCCUUAUAGAAGCGGCUCACACACAGUUUCUACAGUUGAGUGUGUCUUUCUCUGUGUAUGGUAAUGUUUUACUACCCCAACCUUAGACAGAUAUAACCAUGUCAUAAACAUGUCAUUACAGAUGGCAUACAUUGUCAUAGUCCAUGCCCAGUAGUAUAUCUCAGUCAUGUUACCUAUAUUGGUCAAGACAACUUUUAGAAAUAAUAUAUGCUAUUGUAGCUUAAAAGCUGUCAUGUCACUUUCCGCGUCCCUGUCAUCUCAUUGGAUAUCAGCUGUUAUCAUGACCAAUGACAGGAUAUGGUAUCAGCUAUGACAUGUUUACAACAAGGUUAUGUCACUUGUAUGAUAGUGCGUUCAAGUAAAGUAUUGCUGACUUUUACAUCUCUUGCAUUUGACCCAAAUGCAGACUCUGAGGGCUAGUUGCCGCCCUCCCCUCCCCUUUUGAGGUUUUCGUGUUGCCUUAUGCCUCUGAAAGGCAUGCAAUAUACUAACCCAGAGACUUAGUCACGUGCUGUCCAUACACGCCCUGCAGUUACGUGCGCACUUUAGACAAGAGCUUUAGCAUUGAGGCCACUGUAGUGCUUUAUUCCACAGAAGGUAAGCUAGUAACCCAAGUCCAUACAUUGCCAGUCACUUUGUAUUGAACUUGUUUAUUUAUGUACUUUAUGUUUAAGGAUCUUCAAAAGUGAAUUCACUGAAGGAAAUACAUGUUAAUUAGAGAAGAGUU